AUGGCAGCUGUUCGGGUUCAGAAUUAUUUGAAAAAGCACAAAAUCGGCCCUUUGUUUGAGGUAUAAUGUAAUUUUUAAAAUAUUCAAAAUCAUAAAUAGCCCCCAUGGGGCUUCUAGCUUUGUUGCUUUUAUAUAUACGUUUUUCUGGCUGACCAAUUCAGAUUAUACAAUAGAUUGUGGUGGGAUUUCAUAAUGCUUAUAAGACUUUUGCCUUCCACAAAAACGUAGGAUCUGUUCGAUGAUUCUGUUUGGACAAAAUUUAUUAAAAUAAUAUAGAUUUCCGCAGAAUAUAUAUAAAGUAAUGAUAGUAUUUCUGAAAAUUGUAAAUUCUUUAAACUUUUUAUUAGGGGUGGCAGACAAAUAGAUUUCCCUCUGCAGUGACAGCUUGUUCCAUAAUCCCUGCCCGCAUGCCCCUCUCCCUAGCACAGCCAAUCACAAGCCAGAAACAGCUUUUCCUCACAGAAAAGUCAAUAGACAGAUUUAGAUCACAGACGUCAAAGACAAUGUGAAAAUGGUGUCAUAAUGGUGCGGCAUAUCCAUACAUGGACCCAACACACCAUUUUCAGGUCGUCUUUAACGUCCGCGUCCUCGAUCUAAAUCUGUCUAAUCAGUGUGUGAUACACCCUUCCAGAAAGGAUAUGCCACUUUGGCUAUUGAGCAUCGUUUUUGUGUACAUCUCAAUCACGAAAACGAGGUUCUAUAUCCAGUCCAAGGUGAUGUGCUUUCCAGAAGCAUGUAUUGCAGAGUCUUUACAUUCCCCCUACCCCCAUCACAGAUAAAACCUGCCAUCACAGGACACAAUCUAUUUGUUGACAGCCCCCUAUGUUCGAUUUUGUACAUGUUUGUAUAAAAUUGUAUUCUAUCCAACAGUCUCUAAUGGCUCAAGUUAUUCAAGAUACACCGGAUGAUCCUAUUGGUUAUAUAAUCAAAGUUUUACAAGGAAUUCAUAAAAAACAAUCAAAACAACUAGAUAAUAGUUUUGUAAGUUUGUGUGAAUUGAUUUGUGGUUUGUACAGAAAUUCGCUGCUUGUCAAUAUUAGCAGUUUUACCAUUUGCAGAUGUUUCAAAUUAUGAUUAAUUUAUUUUAGAAUGGUCAUUUGUCACCCAGGCCAUCAUCCAGAAAUUCACCUCGGUCAGAAAAGAAGGGUCAGUUAUUAAUGCUUUUGUGAAAAAAAUCCCUUUUUAUACUGGAUAGGUUUAUCAGUUCUGAACUGUUCAAUCUAUGGGUUGAAUAAGAAUUGCCCCUUAUUGAUCUAGUGUUAAUUACUACCAGAGGAAACCAAAUCACCUGAGGAAAAUGUGUGGUGUUUGUGAAAUGUGACUGAGGUGAAAUUAUAAUCAGACAACUGGAUAUUACAGGAAUCAAACCUGACAAGUCACAGAGAUGAAAAACACAUGCCUUAACUACUGAUCAACAACCCCAGUAUGUGAAAUAAUACAAUAUGUAUAAAGUAGAAUUAUGAAAUGACCUACCUUAAGUUUAGUUGUCCAUAUUAGGUAAUGAGAGGAGAUCCAAUCAACUUGCUGCAUCGUGGUCAGCCGGGGUAGCACAAAAGGAAACUAGAAAACAAGAGAGUCCAUUGAAAACGUGGACAGGAAAUGAUUUUGAAACUGCUAAAAACAAAACGUGGUCUUCAAAUAAGCCUAGAGAUGAACCCCAAUCUCAACCGCAGUGGAACAAUGACACUCGUGUUCCCACACACGACUUUGAUGAAUUAUUUCAAAUGCAAAAUGGAGAUGAAACUCAAAUGAGAGCAUCACAGAGAAAUAUCGAGGCGGAGAAAUAUCGAGGCGGUAAUUAACCCAUUAAGUUGCAUUGUGCCCUAAUGCACCCUACUUUAUUAUAUUACUCUGUCUAAUGGCAGACGAUUUUACUCAUCAAGGAGAGAGCCCUGGCGCUCAAUGGCUUAAUAACCAACUCAAGUCUAUAUAAAGCACCUAAACUAACUUUUAAUCCAUUGAGCAUCAUUGCUCUCCCCUGGCCUUGACAAAUAAAAUUUCAAUUGAUUGAGGUGAAAUUAUGAUCAGUUGGAAGCCCUGCAGUCACAUCCUCAGGGGCUGGUUGUUCAAAGCUGGGUUAGCUUAACCCCAGGUUAAUUUAAAAUUCAAAGCAAACUUCUUGACAGCUUGUCUAUAAAUUUGGAAAUAUUUCUUCAGAGAUCUUCUCUGGAUAAGUAGGAGUUUACUUCUCUGAAGUUUUGAAAUAAACAGAUGUGCAGAAAUACACAAACUAAAACAGCAGGUUUAAUUUUAAUCCAGGGUUUAAGUGCUAACCCACCUUUGAACAACCGGCCUCAGGACACCACCUCUUCAGGAAUAUAACACAUUUUAUCCGUUUAAACAUUGUAGCACGAAGCUGGGACGCUCAGGAGAAACAGCCACCAGCUGAACAAAAAAUGUCAUUUCAACCUGGUGACAAUGAUGAACUAAGCCGAGAACUUCGGUUGGGUUCAAGAUCAUCAGCCACCCCAGGAACCCCAGAUCCAGUUACUCCCAUCACCCCAGGGUAAGCAUGAUCGUGCCAAAGUCCUGAUCUUUUUAAAAUUAUUGUCAGGUCAUAUUUUUAGCCUGGUUUACACUAUCAAAGUUUCUGUGAUCACAGUAGGAAUUUUGCAAAGGUAAAUUCUAAGUUUUGAAGGAUUUGUAAGAAAUGUUUGAGGAAACUGACUCACUGUUUAACACCAAUUUAGUCAGUUCCCUCAAGCUUCCUAAAAUGAUUUAUUGAUUGGUAUAAACCACAUUAAACUUUGGUGUUUAUAUUAAGUUAAAGUUUCUUUUUAAUUGUGAUUAAAUGUUUAUUUAUAGCUUUUUAAACAUUUUAUAAAAUGGUUGAAAAAAUCACCGUUCGGUGGGCAGCGCUAGUUUAAAUACGUAUUACACAGCCAUGACAUACCUGACUUGUGGAAGGACGAAUUUCAUCGCGUUGUUUAAAUAUUGUAAAUCCAUUUCACUGCUGAAACCACGAGGCAUUUGAAAGGAUAAUAUCUUGUAGUUUUAUCUCCCUUUUUCUUGGCAUUUAGUGCCGUUUCUCUGUCAUCUAAAUUCCGUUUGUAUGCGAAUUUGAAGGAGCAAAAAGGCCACUUCCUUGCAACUAGCAGGGUUGCCAGAUUGCUGAAUAACUAAGCCAAAUAUUAUUAUCAUAACCUUUUGUUUUCUUUGUUCGAAACAAAGACAUGAUCAAAGGACCGUUUAUCUGGCAACCCUGGCAACUAAGCACCUUCGACAUGGUUAUGGUUUUAGAAUUUUUAAUCUGCAUUCCAAUUGACUAAUUCUUGAUUAAAGUGCAUAUCAAUUGUUUUAUUGCUCAAUUCAUAUCCACUUUGGGCAAUUAUUGUAAUCUCAUACAAUUAGAAUAUGCUCUAUUAGAGCAUGGAGAACAACGGGAUUUGUGAGAUAAAGAAGGCAAUGAAAAGAUACUUCCCGAAUUUGCUUGAGAGCACCGACGAAACAAUAGCUUGAAAUCGUGGCGGACAAUGUAAUCCAUUGGGACUCUUGUGUCUAUUGGGACUCAAAUCUGAGAUGUUCUUUUCUAUUUUAUGUUCAGAAGUCGUCCUGUCAAAACAAGCAGACGCGCUGUUGAAAAACAUCGUAAAGAAUUACAGGUGCGUUACAGUUGUUCUAUUUUACAAUAAUUUUUAAAUUACUUUUUUAAAUUACUUCCCCAAUGAACUCAUAAGAUGGUUCGUUUUUUUAAGCCAUUUAAAAUGGUAAGGGGCCUUCAAUUUCAAAAAUGCUCUGACCAAAAAGAACCUAGUACUCGAUUUUAGUUGGAGCCCUAUUUAAGGUAGGGCCCAGCGCAAUUUGACCCCCUGCUCCCCCCUCUCGGCAGCCCUGCUCUCUACAACCUACACUGUAGCCCAGCGUUUGUGUGUUUUAGGCUCUGUUGUUGGACGACAGCGACCCGGGAAAGCGGAGAACGGGUGCAGGGAAACACUCACCUGAAGAACGAGGAACUGAAAUACUGGAACGAAUGGAAGAUUUACAAUACGAAGGUGUUAAAGCCUCACAAUCACUCACUGGAGCUAAACUUAAUAAAGUAAGUUGAAUUAUUUAUUGAUAUUUUAUUAUAUGGUGGUGCAGUGUGUUAGUGCGUGUGCCACCUGAUUCUACCAAACAUCGCGGAUUCUGCUGAUUUCUUCCUGUAGUAACACUGGAUCAGUAAGAGGCGACUCUUGCUGGACCUUUAGAAAGAAUAGUUUAUAACUGAUAGAGCUAUCCAGUAUAAAUAAAGUUAGUUUAGUUUAGGUUUCCUCCUAUAGUAACACUGGAUCAGUAAGAGAUGAUCCUUAGUGGACCUCUAGGAAGAACAGCCUAGAACUGAUAGAGCUAUCCAGUAUAAAUAAAGUUAGUUUAGUUUGGGUUUCCUCCUGUAGUAACACUGGAUCAAUAAGAGAUGAUCCUUACUGGACCUCUAGGAAGAACAGUUUAGAACUGAUAGAGCUAUGCAGUAUAAAUAAAGUUAGUUUAGCUUAGGUUUCCUCCUGUAGUAACACUGGAUCAAUAAGAGAUGACCCUUACUUAGAAAGAAUGAUUUAAGAGGAAGAGCUAUCCAGUAUAAAGAUAGUUAAACGUUCGGUUUUUCUUCUUUAGUCAAGAAGUGAUGGAAAUAAGGAUGUUUCUGUUACGAUCUGUGCGAGAUGCGCCAGAAUAAUUGGUGAUAAGGAUGAUAUUGACAACUUGUCUCAAGGUAUAAGAUCAAUAUUGUUGCAUGAAAGAUUGGCAACAUUUGUAUAUAAACUCUUAUGUUAUUUCACCAUUUAGCAACAAGUAGUGAUUUCAAUUCCAGACUGUUCGACGAUAUUACCAACAAGAACCAAGGUAAAGUAUACAUUUUAUUAGAAACAAAGUAAAGAUGUAUCCAUCUUGCAUAGUUCUCAUUACCCACUUUGAUAUUAAACUUAUAUAAACUUUUUAUUAUAUAUAGAUUUCGAUAACAUCGAUACUGCAUCAGAGGCGAGUGAGAAUAUGGUAAGUAUUUAAUAUACACAUAAAGAUGGUUUCACUACGCGUUAUGGUCGAUUUACACCAUACAAGAGUUGCCUAUAGUAAAACUGUCGCAUGCAACCUGCUUACAACUUGAGUUGUACUGAGUAAAUCAAGCACACAACUCAACUACGUUGUUGUAGAUGAGUUGUGUGCUAGAUUUACACAGUACAACUCAAGUUGUAAGUAGGUUGCAUGCGACAGUUUAAGGCAAAUGUUGUGUAGUGUAAAACUGGGACAAUUCGUGAAACUGACGUCUUUUUAUCUUAUUAUUGUAGGGCUUUAGAGAAAAGAAUGCCUGGUCUACGAGCGACAGUGAACGUACGUACGGUUUAACGAUACAAGACAUUUCUCUAGAAAAUAUUUUAAAUCUUUUCCAGGAAGUUCAGACACCUUAUUCCUAGUAUGUUCUUUUUUUAUUAGAUGAAACAACUCCACGGAACAACACAGUGUCGUUUGAUAAAAGUUUUGAUGGUUUCCCCCGAAAAGAAUCGAAACCUGUAUUCAAGUCCAGGUACUUUUAAUUUAAUUUUUUCUUGUUAUUUUUUGUGUUCAAAUUGUUGCAAUCAGGCUAUUGCUUACAGCAAUACUUAUCAUUUGUCUUAUCGACUUUGCACUAUCCUUGGCAUCUCUGAAUUUGCUAUGCUGUUACAUGUAAACAGAAAUAAGUUUUGUCUAAAUUUGUUUCUGUGGUUUUUGCAGUGAUAAUACGGAUGAUGAUAGUCCAGUUCAAACACAGCGGUCAUCGCAAAGUCGCCGCAGUGAUUUCGACUUUGCGAAUACUGCCAGAAAUAGCGGCUGGCGUUUAGAUGAUAACGGAUCUGAUGAGGUGAGAUAAUACGGAUAUAAUGCAAGCUAGGUAAGAGAAGGCCCUUCAGGAAUAUCAGUUUAGUGGAAGAACAGUUUAGAACUGAUAGAACUAUCCAGUAUAUAAAAGUUAAUUUCAUUUAAUGUUUAUAUAUUUAUUUUCAGAGCGACAAUGCAGACGUGAUGAAGCGGCGAAGUGCUAGAUCCCAAGCCUCGGGCAGUAUUAAAGGUCGAGCAUGGAACAGAAACUCUGGGAACAUAAGUGAUGAUGAUAGCACAAUAACGUAACACGAAAUUAUUUGCAUGCUUAGUUUUCAAUUCAUCGCGAAUGUCUGUGGUUAAACUUAGAAACUUGUGUAUAUAAAAUAAUAUAUGUUAUAUUAGGCCAAUGAAAAUUGAUAUCAUGUUUCUCGUCCCCGCCCGCAUGGGAUUUAUCUGCCGCACGAAAAUUUUUCAUUAUUCAUUAUUUUUGAAAAAUAGGCUUAAAAAACUCCAAAUUCAUCUCCAGAUCAAAGUCUUAUUGCUGCAUUCCGCAAGCGCAACUCGAAUUGUAUCUUUCUAAAGAUAUUACUCGCCAGAAUGCCUCUAUUUUUCAUGUCAGCCCUGGUAUGUAAAGAAAUAUACUGUACUGUAGACUGUAGUGUAGGACGUAUUAAAUUAAAAUGAAUUUUUAAAAUAUACACCAAUUUUUAAUACUUCAGAUUUUUAUGGGGUUUUUUACUGGGUCAAGGAAAUUAUUGACAAGCAGAAUUCAAAUACAAAAAAUAAUGAAAAAUGAAAAAAUCCCGCUCCAAAUUUUUGAAAAUUGUGGACGAGAAACAUGAUAUCAAUUUUCAUUGGCCUUAUAGUUAAUGAUUAAAUGCCGAUUGGGAAAUAACGCCAUCAACUUACAUUAUUAUAUUAAAUUAAAAACUCAUUCACUGUAACUUAACAUGGUUUUACAUGUGAUAAAAAAAUUAUGCUCAUUUACAUAAACUUUAGCUUUGAUUUUCUCGGUUUAGACAACGUUGAUUUUUAAAAUUACUUCACCAAUGAACUCAUCAGAUAGGUCGUUUUUUAAGCCAUUUAAAACCCUCGCAGUCUGUACUUUAUCAGAUAUAAGACACUCGGCUGUCGUCUCGUGAUUUUAUAUCUGAUAAAGCACUCCAACUCGUUUAUUAAACAAUUCAUAAAAAGGCUGAGAAAAAUUUAACUCAAAAACACACAACAUAUAGACUUUAAUCAAACACAGUAAUUACAAUUUCAUUACAUAAUUCUGUUGUUAAACAUCUCCUAAAGCAUUUCAGCACCAAAGUGUAUCUACAAAAAAUUCAGUGCAUCCACAUCAAAACGAAAAAGGUUUCCAAUUACAUACUACUAAUCACAAUGACACAAUUUACAGUAAAUUUCAUAAAUUUUAUCUGGUUUUCCUAAUUUUAAUAUAUUUUGAGUCUUCCAAUUUCUAUGUUUAAGGGCAUUUAUGCCAACCAUUUUCUAAAGCAUACAAAGCACAUUUCUAUAUGUGAUUCAAUCCGUGAUAGACAUAUAAGUGGAUUUCCACUUGAAACAUAUUUACUCAAAGCACCAGAUCUCCACACCACUACAUAAGAAAUCUUCUUUGACAGUUAAAGGUUCGUUAUUGAAUGUCGUACAUCGAUGACUGCUGCCAUGGUACAAAUCUUCAUCCAACCACAGACCAAAAUUACCUCUGUUGAAUAAAAUACAGAUGCUUAUGGAAGUUAUGGCAGUGUUGUAAGGUCACAGUAUAGAUUAGAAAAGGUUACAAAGGGCUCGACAAAGAGAAGCAUUUUCGUAAACGAUAGUUAUAAAACAAAACGAAAAUCGACAACUUACUGCCCGCCACCAAGAGCCAAUGAAUCUUUAUCCCCUUUAAUGAAGAAAUUGUUUUUACCACUCCAGCGAAACACCUGAAGUAGAAAGGGAACACAACAUUGAUUAUAGCUCAUCAAGCACCGAAGGAAACUUUUACUUUUUUACUUGACUGUUUGUGCUCACCUUGAACUUUGGGUGAAAUUUGUAGAGAAGACAUUCUCCAGUCCCAUAGAAAUGUUCACUCAUAGCAAACGGACUGGAAGCAAAGGCUCCAAAAAUCUGAUGAAAAUAGAGCAAUGAUGUAACAACUGAAGUUUAUUCAUAUACUGUAGGAUAGCUCUAUCAAUUCUAAACUGUUCUUCCUAGAGGUCCAGUAAGGAUCAUCUCUUAUUGAUCCAGUAUUACAGUGUUUAAAAUGUUCUUCCUAGAGGUCCAGUAAGGAUAGGAGAAAACCUAAACUAACUUUAUCUAUACUGGAUAGCUCUAUCAGUUUUAAAAUGUUCUUUCUAGAGGUCCAGUAAGGAUAGGAGGAAACCUAAACUGAACUAACUAUAUACUGGAUAGCUCUAUCAGUUCUAAACUGUUCUCCCUAGAGCUCCAGUUGAUCCAGGAGGAAACCGUGGCAACUGGAGGUACCUCUAGUUUGUCUUUACAAGGGAAUGACUGUAUUUAUACAAUGUCUCACCUGGCGAGAGUCAUCAAGGAUGACCAGUAAUGCUGGUGUGUCAUAAGCAGCUAAUGUGCGAUAGAGCGUCUUCAAACUUAUACCAUGUUGAUAAGUGCUGUAGAUCAGAUGCCAGCUGUGACCAAUAGUACGUGAUGGAAGACAUUGAGAGAGCUGAAGCAGAGUGAGUAUUAAGAAGUUAUUGAUUAGAAACCACGCAGGAAGCUAGACUAAAUCAACUUUAUUUCCACUGGAUGGCUCUAUCAGUUCUAAACUGUUCUUCCUAGAGUCCAGUAAGCAUCAUCUCUUGUUGAUCCAGUGUUACUACAGGAGGAAACCUAAACUAAACUAACUUUAUUUAUACUGGCUAGCUCUAUCAGUUCUAAACUGUUCUUCCUAGGGGUCCAGUAAGGGUCAAUCCUUAUUGAUCCAGUGUUUCUACAGGAGGAAACCUAAACUAAAGUAACUUUAUGCUGGAUAGCUCUAUCAGGUCUAAACUGUUCUUCCUAGGGGUCCAGUAAGGGUCAAUCCUUAUUGAUCCAGUGUUUCUACAGGAGGAAACCUAAACUAAACUAACUUUAUUUAUGCUGGAUAGCUCUAUCAGUUCUAAACUGUUCUUCCUAGGAGUCCAGUAAGGAUCAUCUCUUAUUGAUCCAGUGUUUCUACAGGAGGAAACCUAAACUAAAGUAACUUUAUUUAUACUGGAUAGCUCUAUCAGUUCUAAACUGUUCUUCCUAGAGGUCCAGUAAGGAUCAUCUCUUAUUGAUCCAGUGUUACUACAGGAGGAAACCUAAACUAAAGUAACUUUAUUUACACUGAAUAGCUCUAUCAGUUCUAAACUGUUCUUCCUAGAGGUCCAGUAAGAAUCAUCUCUUAUUGAUCCAGUGUUACUACAGGAGGAAACCUAAACUAAAGUAACUUUAUUUAUACUGGAUAGCUCUAUCAGUUCUAAACUGUUCUUCCUAGGAGUCCAGUAAGGAUCAUCUCUUAUUGAUCCAGUGUUUCUACAGGAGGAAACCUAAACUAAAUUAACUUUAUUUAUACUGGAUAGCUCUAUCAGUUCUAAACUGUUCUUCCUAGAGGUCCAGUAAGGAUCAUCUCUUAUUGAUCCAGUGUUACUACAGGAGGAAACCUAAACUAAAGUAACUUUAUUUACACCUUUACAUAACAUACUCUUAAUUAAGCGAUUAAAAAUGAAACAAAAUGGAUGCGUCAACCAUGAACCAUGCUCAUAAUUUUCCUACGACUUUUUAGAUAACAUCUCAAAAAAUUAUUAAAAAAUUGCAGCAAAAAUUCUGUCGUGAAAUCAUAGGCAUUAUCUAUCAAGAUAUGAUAAAAUUUAUUUAAGAAGUACUAACGUUUCGUCUUUAACCUAAGACAUCUUCAGAGUAAAUGAAUAUAGUAUGACAAUGAGUUACAUACAGUGAAUAUAGUAUGACAAUGAGUUACAUACAGUGAAUAUAGUAUGACAAUGAGUUACAUACAGUGAAUAUAGUAUGACAAUGAGUUACAUACAGUGAAUAUAGUAUGACAAUGAGUUACAUACAGUGAAUAUAGUAUGACAAUGAGUUACAUACAGUGAAUAUAGUAUGACAAUGAGUUACAUACAGUGAAUAUAGUAUGACAAUGAGUUACAUACAGUGAAUACAGUAUGACAAUGAGUUACAUACAGUGAAUACAGUAUGACAAUGAGUUGUCAUACUGUAUUCAUUUACUCUGAAGAUGUCUUAGGUUAAAGACGAAACGUUAGUACUUCUUAAAUCAAUUUUAUGUCUUUAUUAUUGUCUAUAUGGCUCUUUUGCGUACGUUAUGCUGGGCAUUAAUCUUUAUACUACGAUUACGAUUCCCGCCUGGUUCAUCAUUAUGUUAUGUUUUUGUCAGAAUUUUAUGUUAAUCGUAUACUGAAGUGAUCGUUUAAUAGGCAUGCAUAGCUGAGAUGAAAGGUGCAGACACGAUGAAUAAUCAAUGAAGUUGAGACAAAGGAUUUGUGCACGGUGAAGUACAGUUCAACAUCAAACAAAGCUCUUCUAUUUUGUAGCUUUGAAGUUUGUCGGGCUUCCAGACAAUCAUAUAUCUUGACAGACUAUCAAUAUAACGACAUGGCCUUUAUAUAGUUGUUCGUAUAAAUAUUUAGUUCAUUCUACUUACAAUACGUAGCCAGCGCCUUCUUCACUUUAUUUUGUAGUCUUUGCCAUGUUAAAAUACUAAAUGAACCAGAACGAACAGUAAUCUAGAAAUAGAAUGAUCCUUAAAUUAAAAUUCUUUAUUUAUGUUUUAUCUACUGUAUUGCAUAAGAAUGGACACUUAAGACUGGGGAUUAUUUAAGUUAGCAGGUGGCUGUAUUAUGUUUUCUUAAAUAUGCUUGUAUCUCGUUCUACGUCGGGAUUGAAACUCGCGUUGAAUCACAUAGCAAGUCUGCCAACAAGCCGUCAACAUGUCGUGUUCGCACUGCUUGUCCCAAGUUGUCAACAAGUUUGGAACAACUUGUAACAACCUUGUUGAUAUUAUCAGACUUGUUGCAAGGUUGUUCCAACAAGUCCGAUACAGUCAUGAUACUGUUGUAUCACCGAGUUGUUAGUUGCUACAAGGUUGAUGACGGUAACAGACUUACUAUAACUACAAGUUGUUCCAACAAGACUAAUACAGGCUGUUCGUAAGAAGUUGCUACGAGCUUGUUGUCAUCAUUAACUUGUUACGUGCAGACGAUAUCAGACUUGUUGGAACAACUUGUUUUGUUGCGAGUGUGUUAAUUCAAUAGCCCGCAAUAUUGAUCCGCCCGAUGAUUAAACAGGCAGAAAGGGUGUAACAGGUGUGUUAGUCACGUGACCGAGUUCAUUGCAAGAACACAAAUAUAGCGUUUAAAAAUGGCUUCGAAUUUACAAACGAACAAUUUUCACGAAGCUUUUGACCUCAAAGAGGAGCUCGGAAAGUGAGUAUACGAUGCUUUAGAUAGAAAAGAAUUAAUACUUAAUCUUCCGUAGGGGAUUUGAGCGGCGUGAGAUAGUAUAAAGUCGGCAAGAGAUCAAUUUAUAUUCGACUCUUUGUAGAGGGGCUUUUAGCGUCGUGAGACGAUGUGUUCAUAAGGAGACGAAAGUCGAAUAUGCGGCCAAGAUUAUCAACACAAGAAAGCUUUCUUCUAGAGGUAUGUUUGGGGCAAUAAAACCAUUCGUAUAUAUGCAUUCAAAUACGAUACAUACGAACCCAUAUAAACUUGAUAAUAUUGAUGAAUAUACAGAAAGUUUAUGUCAUUUUGUAUAAAUGCAUACUCGCUUAAAAGCACUUAGAAUUUACAAGCCUCCAGGCAUAUGUGAUUUGUAAUCUUUAAUAUGUUUUUUAGCCGGUGUUUAGCCAUUUUGGUAAGGAGAUGUCAACAUUUUGCCGAAUUAUUAUUAAAAGCAGGAAACGCUUUGAAUUUCGGUGUUAUAAAAAGCCAACAGGAUAGCUGUCAUCUUCGGGUUUCCAGAAAAGCUCUUAUAUACAUGUAUAUACUUUUCAUUUUAUUUCGAGUGGGCACCUUAUGAUUCUUGUAUAUUAUUUUUAUUUGACCUUGUGAUCCAGAAAUUUAGCAUAUAUGCAAUUUGGCAUUUUGACGCCAUUUGUACAAAAUGCAGCUGUCAUAUGAAUUCAAAAGUUGGGUCACUCGAAGCAAAAAUCGAACGGGUUUUAUAGCUUUAACAUUUGUCGAAAGUACAAGCCACAAAAUCAACUUUGUAAUCUCCGUAGUUGCAUAUUAUAUCAACAUUGUUUCAAAAUUUAGAUCAUGCCGAGAAUACUUUUUGUUUAUAUUCAUAAAUUGUCGGUUCUGGUAAUUUCGAACCGAUCGGAAUAUAAACUUGUAAACAGCAAAAUGUAGAGGGCUUAGAGAGGCAGCAUUUUGAUGCAAACAAAACGAAAUCUCGCCUUGUGUAAACACAGUCUAUUACAUGUACGCGUUUUAUAAACCAAAGUAUAUUUAAUAUAUCAAGAUACUUUUUUUUACUAUAAUCUAGAUUUGCAAAAGCUUGAAAGAGAGGCUCGGAUAUGCAGACGCUUAAAGCAUUCUAAUAUUGGUAUUUGCCAUUAGUUUUAUAUUUUAUUUGGCUGCUUUCUUAUAAAUAUGUAUUCAAUGAUAAUACCCUCUGCUAAUAUUGGCGCGUGAAAUUGUAGCAAUUUAUACAUGUUCUAGAAUAUGUUGAAGAUAUUCGAAAUUGUAGCAAUUACAUUUUCUAGAAUAGUAGAAUAUGUUGCAGAUAUUCGAUAUUGUAGCAAUUUAAUACAUGUUCUAGAAUAGCAGAAUAUGUUGCAGAUAUUCGAUAUUGUAGCAAUAAUACAUGUUCUAGAAUAGUAGAAUAUGUUGCAGAUAUUCGAUAUUGUUGCAAUUUAAUACAUGUUCUAGAAUAGUAGAAUAUGUUGCAGAUAUUCGAUAUUGUAGCAAUCUAAUACAUGUUCUAGAAUAGUAGAAUAUGUUGCAGAUAUUCGAAAUUGUAGCAAUUACAUGUUCUAGAAUAGUAGAAUAUGUUGCAGAUAUUCAAAAUUGUAGCAAUCACAUGUUCUAGAAUAGCAGAAUAUGUUGCAGAUAUUCGAAAUUGUAGCAAUUACAUUUUCCAGAAUAGCAGAAUAUGUUGCAGGUAUUCGAUAUUGUUGCAAUUUAAUACAUGUUCUAGAAUAGUAGAAUAUGUUGCAGAUAUUCAAAAUUGUAGCAAUUACAUGUUCUAGAAUAGUAGUACAAUAUGUUGCAGAUAUUCAAAAUUGUAGCAAUUAUAUUCUAGAAUAGUAGCAUAUGUUGCAAGUAUUCAAAAUUGUAGCAAUUACAAAUUAUAGAACGUCCUAAAUGUUGCAAAUGUGUUAGAAAAUUGCAAAACGUCGGAAAUAUGUAGCAAUUACACGUUCUAGAACGUUUUAUAUGUUGCAAAAGUGUAGCAGAUUAGAAUUUUAGGACAUUUGAAACGUCCAAGCAAUAUUCCAGCCAGUUUACCCUUCUUUUGCAUGAUUUUAAAGUGGUUGAAACCAUUAUUUGACGCUUCUGAGUGUUAAUUUCUCCCCUGAGCACAAUUUGUCUGUUAUUUGUGGUUUCCUGUGUGGGGAGUUAAUGGCUUAGUUAAUAAAUCAUGUGUGAAUGAUGUGAAUUAUUGGAUUGCAAAUACGAGAGCCAUUAGAUCUCAUAAUGAAUAAACUAGCUUUUUGUGGCUUCCAUUCUUCUUGAUAUCAAGGUCACUUUCCAAAGUGCAGUUCCCAAUUUUGUCGUAAGUAUUCCUAAUUAUGUUGCUAAAUUUGGAAUAUUGGAAAUCGCAAAGCCAACUUUGCAACUUGCUUACUAAAGUACUGAACAUCAACUCGUAAUUUUGCAGUGUUUAUACUAAUAUAGCAAACAAAUGGAACAAUAUGUCUCUUAAAAGCUUUAAUAAAUAAUUUGCCAAAUAUGUUGGCCAUUGUUUAGUUCUUCGGUACUUUAGCAAACAACUUGCAUAGUUGGCUUUGCAAGUUCCACGUCCAAUAUAUUCCAAAUUUAGAAACAUAGUUGGAUCUGCGUAGCUCAAAGAAUUACUGUUGGUUACAAAUAGUGGCAACAUUGAAUUUGUUGAAAGCAUUUUCAGUAUAAUGUGAAGUCAUAUCUGUUGUGUCAAACCAUUAAGCAAUUUUAUGCUACUGCAAACAGCAUUAUGUCUGUGAUCUAGUUCCGUGACAAACAAACGCCCACCCCUAUUAUAUUUCCAAGGAACGCUUUUGUCAAAUAAAUGCAUUCACAGCGCAACUGGAAUACUUCUUAACAAUUGAUAAACAUAUAGAAAUUUUGUAAUUUAUUUUAGUUCAACUUCAUGCGAGUAUUGCUGAGGAAAAUGUCCAUUAUCUAGUAUUUGAUUUGUAAGUAUCAUUAUACUAAAGUAGAAAGUUGCUAUCAAAUACAAGUAACAUCAAACGAAGGCCCUUGGCGGGGCAGUUAGUGACUUCUUAACUGUAACUUCGCAACAAAGAGCCAUUGCUUGAAACGUUGAAGUUUUACUUGUGUUAUUGUUCAAGUAUUUUCAUCUCUACCAAUGAAAGUUUUGUUAUUAUUAGCAUUGCCUGUACCCGGCACAGAUUAUUCGAGUUUUAUCCUUAUGGGAUAGGCUACUAUAAGUGUUUUGGUCAAAAUUGUUCUUCCAAAGGCUUAGGAGAUCAGCCAUUCCUUGUUGAUCAAGCAUUACAAUAUAGAAAUCAAUGGCUUCCUCCACAAAAAUAGAAUCUGGUUAUACUAUAAGCCCACCCAUGUAUAUAUCAAUUAACUCGUAGGCUAUUCUGAAUAUUAAUUAACCCCCUGCCAAAUACAAUACGUCCCUCUGUGUAUAAGCCCAUGGGUGUGUUAUUGGACAGGUAUUUAUUAACGCAACGACAGGGAUUCCAACAGCUCAGAUGAGUGACGGUAGUUUCAUUACAGUAUAUGUUAAUUAAUUAACCAACUUGUUUUAUGUAUAGACUUUACAUACUGUAUGUUUGUAUUUCUUUUUGUUCACAGUAUACAGUAGUUUACAGGUGCAAUAAAUACUAUUACUAACAUCAAAUGUCGUCCGUAUAUAAGCCCCCCCCCCAUAUAUAAGCCCUCCCAUGUAUAACCCCUUCAAAAAAUGCUUGCAAACAAAUUAUUUACAGUAGUGUAUUUUUAUUUGAUUUUUAGAGUUACUGGAGGAGAGUUGUUUGAAGAUAUCGUAGCUAGGGAAUAUUAUAGUGAAGCAGAUGCCAGGUUAGUUGAACUCGGUAUUAAUUGCAUACAGAUACCAAAUUAUCAUUUGAUUACCUGUUUUGUGUAACAGUGUAACAGUCAAAUAACAGUCUCAAUUUACAGUCAAAAUACAAAAACCUUCGCACCUGGGACCAUCCAUUUAGUACAUGUAUGUACGCAAAAAAUUUCGAAGACUGUACCGGUUCCUUGUAUGCAAAGAACAAUAAAAGUGUUAUGAUCAUAAGUCUGAUUUUUACAUACUGUACAACUUUUUUUAUUGCAGUCAUUGUAUUCAGCAAAUAUUAGAAAGUGUUCAACAUUGUCAUAAUAUUGGAGUUGUACAUAGAGAUCUGAAGGUACGUCCAUAAUUAACCUAUGAAGUUGCAUUGCACCCUGAUCCACCCUACUUUAUUAUUUAACUUUGUCUAAUACCAGACAAUUUUACUCAUCAUGCUCAAAAGUGCUUAAUUAGUCUAUCUGGCCAUGUGUCUAUGAUUAACAGACCUGUCAACAAGUAAAAUUGGAUGAAUCCAUUUCUAAAACACAUUCAAAACUACAGUGCACUUAUAAACAUACACAAGCAAGAAUAACACGAUGUUGUAAAGUCUGUAAUGUAAACAAACGCUUUGUUUACAUUUUGAAUUCUGUGCUACAGUUGUAAAAUAUGAUUAGAUAUAUAUAUUAUACUGAAUUUUAAACACUCUUCUGGUUCGCUAUGCUUGUAAAUGAAUACAGACUAGAGAUUCAAUUCAAGAAAGUUUGGAAGGUGUUAAAUAUUAAUAACAUUCCAAUGGUCGGUUAAUCUGGGCUUUGUAAUAAUUUAUUUAAACCAGAGUAGCGAGCGGAACAUUGAUAUACCUAGUUGCAGUGAACGAACAAACUUCAAUCUAGAUUAAUGAGUUAUUGGCAACAGCAUUAAAUUGUUUUUUAUAAAGCGUUCACUAUCAAUCAGAAGGGUUAUUAAAUUGAUACAUCUGUUGUCCGCCAAAGAAAUAGUUAAAUAAAUACAGACUUGAAAAUUCCCACAGAAGACCCAGAUAUGAUUUCAUCUGGCAGGGAAUUAAAGAAUUUUGGAAACCCUCACCCUUUUGGCUUAAAUAUAAUAAAUAAAUAAAUAAAUAGUAAAUUUGAACUAAUAUAUCAUGCUGUAAUAUAUCAUUUUAGCCAGAGAAUUUACUUCUGGAAUCAAAGAAAAAGAACGCUGUCGUUAAGUUGGCGGACUUUGGUCUUGCAAUUGAAGUAGAGAAUAAUAAACCCGGAUGGUAUGGUAAGUGAUUUAAGUUUUAUUGUUUUAGAACUUUAUGUGGACAGAUAAACAAGUCUAUAGUUAAUGGCACCAGACACAGAAUUUUCAAUGGCCUUUCGUCGACAGCCAGUGCCUGCCGUUCAAUACCAGACCUGUGGCCCAGAAACACACUGUCAGUUCAUAACUUGUAAAUUGUAUUAAGUAAUUCCAGUCCUAAUCAGGUUGUAGCAGCAUAUGUAAGUAAAUAUAUGUCUUUAUUUAACCCAUUAAGUGGCAGCACUUUCUCCUUGAUGAGUAAAAUUACCUCUGUUAGACAGAGUAAAAUAAUAAAGUAGGUCACAUCAGGGCGCAUUCAGCUAUUUAAAGGGUUAAACAUGCUAACCCCGGCUUAAAAUAUAGUUGAUGUCUGGGGAGGGGUAUAAGUGUUAAAUUUCAAAUGAAAUUUUAAAAAGUACACAGUAAAUAUGUGCAUUCAGUAUGGAUUCUAUUUAUUAGGUACUCCAAAGUUUAGCACCAUUGAAACAAAUACUCUUUUGUAAAUAGUACAGUAUGUCUUGGGAUUUACUGUGACUAACUUGUGUCAGAAUUUCAUCAGUGGUGCCUAAAUUACUUUGAAUUUGUACUCGAGUAAAAGUAGAAGUAAUUAACAAUAAAACGACUUGAGUAAGAGUAAAAAGUACUGAAGGCAAAACGUACUUAAGUGAAAAGUACAAAGUAUCCUUAAAAAAUACUUGAAGUACAAGUAAAAGUAUUAUUGUCUAUAGCAAUAGAUCCUAUAGAUCCGAGAGAUCCUAUAUGCAUGUAGAGGUCGUAUUACCUAUCCCAAAAUUGAAAUAAAUCAGAAAUAAAUCACGUAACAUUAAACAAAAGUUAGAAAGUAACGAAAUACUUCGCCACAAAAUGAAAAUAACGAAGUAAAAAGUUACUUCUUAAAAUGACUUCGUUCCAAGUCAAAGUACUCCAGAAAAAGUUUACUUUGUUACAUGCUCACUUCUCGAAAAUAAUACUCAAGUACAGUAACGAAGUACAUUUACUUCAUUACUUGACACCACUGAAUUUCGUGAAAUAUAUUCAUGAGAUCUGACGGUUAAAAAGUCUGAAAAGAGUCCAGUAAGAACACUAGGGUGAUCUUAUACAUGAAUGAUGUAUUUUCUUUUUAAUAUUUGCAGGAUUUGCAGGUACCCCAGGAUAUCUUUCACCUGAAGUUUUAAAAAAAGAAUAUUAUGGUUCUGCUGUGGAUAUCUGGGCUUGUGGUAGGUUUAGCCAUGCAAAACAAAACACAGUCAGGGCAACUUUAUACAGUGUAUGAUCC